UUUUUUCCUUUUUUAAUUUUACGUUUUUUCUGGUAAAUGAUCCCAAUUUCAAACAGUAACUGAUACUGGAGGAAACUUGCCGUUUCUCGAUUUGGUUAGAUUCUUGUUCUCGUCUUUUGGAGCUUCAAGCUUAUAUAUAUGAGACGCGAAGCUGAUCUCAAAUUCUCAAUCUGUUUGCGUCGAUGUUAGGGCUGUCAUAUUCUAUUCGUGAGCUUUCUAUAAUCAAAGUCGAUGAGAAAAAUGGAAAAAUCUUCUUCAACGCCUCCCAGUUCAUCUUAUCUCAAUGCUCUUACUCUAGAAAUCGAGAAAAAGCUCCAACGGGCUAAAGCUUCUGCAUCGCAGAGACGCAACUUGUUGCAAGAGUUGUUUGCUGACAUAGCUUUGGAAGUUGAUGAUCGAGCCAGAGAUAUAAUUCUCAGCGGGAAAGAAGAUACAAAUUCUCCUGCAGAGGAUGGUGCUGGUGGUCAAUUAUGCUUUUACAAUGUUCUUGCUGAUUAUUAUGUUAGGGUGCCGGAGAGCGGAAAACGAAUCCUUGAUUUAAUUGUCCAACUUUGGAGCCAAUCAUUUGCAUCGAAUAUUUUCUCUCUUCUGUUCCAUAAAUGGCUUUUUGAUGCCCAUCUUGAUAGUAAUGAAGUGCUUUUACGUUAUUCAUCUGCUCUUGUUCAAGGUGCUACAAAUAUUUUCUGGAUUGACAUCCAAACAAACACUAGGCAUUUUCAAACCCUCUUUUCGUAUCUUCUUGAGGAAGUUGCACUAGAGCCUAAGCGCUUGAAUAAAAUUCCAGUGCAGGCACAGCGAGAUCUAUUUCUUCUACUUUCGAGAUUCUUACUUUUUUACAACUUGGGCAACAAACUUGAAAUCUUCUUAAAGCGGUUUCCAGUUUUUCCAAAUGCUUUCUUGGUUGGUGGUCCAGUGGACUUCUUUGUGAUUGAACUGGCAGACCAGCUUCAAAAGUUGAAGGUGGAGCCAGUUCUAUUGCAUUACCUCUCUCAAAUUAAAGUUCUCCAAGGCAUGGAACUGAGAAUGACCACAAGUACAAGACUAAGGGCAUGUUUAUAUAGUUUUACUUCUCCUGGUGGUCCAAUGUAUCCUACCAGAGCAGUCCGUCAUGCUGCCUGGGAAGCUUUAGAUUUGCUUUUCCCUGUGGGACAGUAUCCUCGACAUCUUAUAAGUCUGUUUUUUCGACUGUUAUAUCCAUGGUGUUGGCCCUCUUCCUGUUGCAACUUCAUAGUAGCUUGCAUAAAGACAAUUUUCUGUUCUCUCGUGCGGCUGUUGUUUUCUAGUUGGGAGAAGCUGAGGGACAACUAAGUGUUGAAUGCUAAAAUGUCAACCCAAAAAAAGAACAAGAAAAUAAGUGUGCUGUAAAAGACCUUAUCUGAAUUGAAGGCCUGCAGGUGGAUAUUAUUUCA